AUGGGUGAGUCUGAUAGCGGAACUGAGUCAAGUCGCAUACCUCAAGCUUCCGACGUCAACUCCCAUGCUAUGUCCAAUGUGAGCAACUCAGACCUCGAGCACCUACGGACAGCUCACCGGGCACUGUCGCAUAUGUCUGGUUCAUCCUUCAAGAUCAUGAGUACGGACAGCGUCCACGACUCGGCCUUUGCCUUGCGAUUUGCGAAGUCUCCGUCCACCUCUGAAAGCGUCUCCCAAGACACGAACACAAAUGAGGUGAACGGCGAGAGAGGCAACGGCGGCAGUCACAAAUUCGUCGUGAAUGUCGAAGGGAACAACGAACCGAUUGAAGGUUCCCGUAUAAGCCUGGAAAAUCAGUUCGAUUUCAACGGUCCCGGCUAUAUCUUCAGUGGAUUUCAUGGCGCUACGUUCCCACGAGUCACAAAGAUUGAGCUGUGGCUACAUCAAGGCGAAGUGAGUAAUAUCAGUGCUCUUGUCAUCAGACCGCGAGGCUUUCCCGAGCCCUUAGCUAUCCACACUGGCUUCGGCAGCACUGCCAACCACUCAUGCGUCGUCGAAGUGGCGCGUCCGCUCUGCGGUGACAAUAUGGCUGAAGUGCUCCUCGAGCCGCGAAGGGGAAACGUCGAGAGCAUACAAAGCAAGCGUGCUACUGGACGAUGCGUUGCGAGACUGCUGAUCUUCGAUGAUAGCCUUGACCUCAAAGGACCUAGCGAUAUCAGAAUCUGCGUCAAAAAGGAAGCUCCAUUGCAGAGCGUCAUAUCACAGGUCUACGUCAGAGACUUGGUUGGUGUCCGGCCCACCUGCGAAGAUGGCUCAGAUGUCAGUCUCAUGCUUGGCACAAACAACAAAUGGCACAAAAUCCAAUUGCGUGCUCCGUCUGGUAAAGACACAACAGCUAUGCCUCUGUCGGACUCCGGAGGACCCCGGGCCUGUGGCAUCGUCACCGAGCACGAAACCGAGACAUCCAUAGCAUGCCACCAUUGCGAGAGAAUCUCAUGGGAUCCAGUGAUUGAAUGGGAUCAUAAGCUCGCUGUUGGACCGAUAUGUCCUCACGCAGACAAUGGUAGCAGUGGCGGCGGUGGGCGUGAUGGUGAUGAUCUUCACGGAGACGGUGACCACGACGACAGUCGCUGCAAGGGCAAGACUUUCAUCGAUGCAGGAGAUGCUAAAGACAACGACUAUAGGCCGAUGCCCGGCUCCCAGAUCUACCUCGACGGGCGCAUGAUGAAUCGGGCCAGGUCUACGAUGCCAGUCGUGCCUUAG